AUGACUUGGGUAUUAAAUGCUUAUUAUCUAUUGUUUUUGGUUAUGGCAACUCAUUUUGUUUAUGUCAUUAGUUUUAUCAAAAUGGGGGGAUAUAAUAAGUUUACUUAAACCAUAUAUUUUGUCUUAUAAUACCUAUAUGAAUUUAAUAAUUCGUUUAUUUCAUGCACAUUAUCUGCAUUUUCUUGA